AGCAGCAGUGGGCUCACAGCUGCUCGCAGUCCGGCUCAGUCCCGCACUGGCCACGCGCACCAGGCGGCUGCGAAAGAAACUUUAGUGAAUCUUCCUGACUUUGGGCUUUGGUCGAAGAUGACUUAACGUCGAGGGGAGUCUUUUGCUGGCCAGGGAUCGGCUUGACGUGUGUUGAGACGCUCUCCUUGCCUCCGUCACACCACUUAGGAGCUCGCUCUGCAGAUGGGAGGUCGCUCAGCGGCGGCCUGCUUCUCCCAAAUGCCCCGUCUCGCCUGCACCCUCGUCUGAGAUGGCCGCCUGUGGCCUUCUCCCUGAUCCCAGCACACUGGAGCAGACCUGCGCGUUACCAUGGUGAUCAUUUUCUUGAAAACACUGGAAAAGAAGAAGGGUGUCGAUGAUGUGAGGUCCAACAACACCGAGAGACGGCCGCCUAAGUUCCACAGCAUGAGCAAAGGGACCACCCUCCUCUCCCGUGGAACCGUGGAGGCAGAUAGGUGGCUGGACCUGGGGCAAAGCUGUGCCAUCCAGCAGAGAGCUCCCUGCCAGCCCGGUGCCAGUCUGGAGAGCCUGUGGGGUGCGAUGCCCGAGCCGGGGGGCUGGCACUGGGCCAAGGAGCCGGGCAGCGCCACGGCAAUCACCAGCCUGAUAAGAGACCUGAGCCUAGGCAACGGCCGCACGACCACCCCCGGCUGCCCCGCCACGCCCACCACUGCCGAACGCACCACUACUGCCACCUGCCAAGCUCCCGCGGCACCCCCGAGCAAACGCCAGUGCCGCUCCCUGUCGUUCUCCGAUGAGCUCGCCGGCUUCCGGUCGCCCUGGAGGCCCCAAGGCUCCCGGGUGUGGACGACGGUGGAGAAGCGACGGUGCCACAGCGGGGGGAGCGUUCGGGGAGCGGCGGGUUUCUCCAGCGGCCACCGGCCCGCCGUGCAGCGCAGCUCCAGCUUCAGCCUGCCCUCGCGCUCCAGCGUGCCCUCUGACGGAGCCGCGGAGCUGCCAUUCUUCCACCAGCGGCUGCCCCUGCGCCCUCAAUUCACUGCCUCGCCAGUCUCGCCGACGUCUCCGUCCUCACACCAUCACCACCACCACCACCACCCCCCCCGCCAUCCCCACUUCCUCAGGCCCCUCUCGCUCUCCCAUGAGCAGAUCAGCCUGCCGGAGCUUCAGCGGGAGGAGGAGGAGGAGGAGGAGGAGGGGGAGGAGGCCGAGGCCAGCUCUCCGGACUCCACCCCUGAAUUGGGGAGGCGAGCCGGCCCGAGAGCCAGGGCCGUGGGGCGUCUGUCUCGGAGCAAGUCCCAGCCCUGCGUGCUGAACGACAAGAAGAUGGCCAUGAAGCGCCCGAGACCAGAAGAUGCCCAGGAGCCGCGGCCCUCCCUGGACCUGGCGAAGAUGAAUCAGAAACGCCAGACUUUCCAGAGCUUGAGCUGCCCCGGAUUCUCCGACAGCGUUGGCGGCGGCGGCGGCUGGCCGGGCCCGCCCCCUCCCUCCUCCCACCAACCCGAUUCAGACUUCACUGCCGCGGCGUCCGAGGCGGGGCCGCAGUCGCGGAGAGGAGCGGCGGGGGACGACGGGGAGGAGGACUCUUCCUUCGAGGAGCUGGACAGCGACUCGGCCUGCAGCGUGGACUCGCGGCCCUGCACCCCCGAGGGCACCGCGGGGGGCAAGGGCGCCCUCUGGAAGGGCGGGACGCGGAGGGACAUUUUCCAGCUCGGGGGAGAGCUCGAUCUCGAUCAGAUUGAGAGGAACUGAACUGAACUGUUUUUUGUUUUUUUUACUGAAGAUUUAAAGAUUUAGUCUGGACUGUUGUAGAAAGUUAUUAGACAUGGUUAAUGUACCAAGUGUUGGCUGUUAUGAAGAGGGAAAGUGACAGAGGACCCAGUACGGUGUAAACGGUUGCCUUCUUGAUGACACAUUUGCCUUGAACAUUUGUACAGUUUCAAUCAAAAAGCAGUGACUUAAAAAAAAAAAAAAUUGGGUUUUCAGCUUAACUCAGGAGUGGGGAAGUAAGGGUUAGACUUAAGAGGGAAAAAAAAAAAAAAUCACAGCCCCCACUUUCUUUCCAACCUGAUGACCUUUCCAAAGUUGGCUAACCUGUAGCAGUAGCUAAGCUCGCCUAUUUUUUUUUUUAAACGAAGACGUAUCUUCUCACAGACUUACCCUCGACCGUCCUCUUUGUCUUUUGUGCACACGUGAAAAACCUGAUCUUUUUGCUGAAUGUAGGCUCAAUAAGCUUUACGUGGCGUUCGGAAAACGACAGUGCCUUCCCGAUGUUUGCUCUAGCGGUUCUCUAGCCUCAAUCGAAGCCACCUUUUCUGACCCUUUUUAUUUGGUAGUUCCUUUAAUAUGCAAAUUGUAAAGUUUUCAGUUCUAAUAUCAAUGUAUAUUUUUCUAAGUAACUGUAUGUGUGAGUUGUUUGUGAAGGAGAAAGAACACGAGGCCUUUACUCUAACAGAGUGAAAUAAAUGUACAACCUGCA